UGUUCUUGAUAUUCAAUUCAUUCAUUUCAUUACAAUUUCAAAGAUGGAUCCCCAACAGAUGAGCUAUCAGGCUGGACAGGCCCAAGGCCAAGCUCAGGAGAAGUCUAGCAACUUGACGGACAUGGCUAGCAAUGCUGCUCAGUCCGCCAAGUUGGAUUCCCAACAGAUGAGCUAUGAGACUGGACAGGCCCAAGGCCAAGCUCAGGAGAAGUCUAGCAACUUGGCGGACAUGGCUAGCAAUGCUGCUCAAUCCGCAAAAGAAACCGUGCAAGGGGCUGGUCAGCAGGUGAUGGCAUCAGCACAAGGGGCUGCUGAAGCUGUGAAGAAUGCAACUGGAAUUAACAAAAAGUGAUCCAAUUAAGCAGAAGGGAUCCUAGUCAUCCAGUUUUACUCAGUUUUUUUUCUUUCUUCUAGGGCAUUAUGUAUAAAAAAGUGCUCUAAUUUGUGUUUGUAAUUUUGUUUUGCUCCCAAUUAGAUAUCUUGUGAAUAACUCUUUGUUUCAACAAGAG